UUUUAAACCCGCCAAUGGAACUAAAGGCGGUUGAUGGAAAAGUAGUUAACGCUUGUACUUCCUGUCGCUGGAGGAGGAGGAGAGGCGCUCGCGCGAACGUUUACGGUUCCUCAAAGUGUUUGUGAUACUUAGUUAUUGUCCGUUUAUUUCGGUUUGCUUCGUUAGCUCUCCUAACAAAGUAAUGCUAAGCUAAGUUAGCUGCUAACUCGCAGUGUUUACACCGUCCGGUCGGAUCCAAGAUGGCGGCUCCGACGUUACAGCAGCCCAGUUUCCUGCUGGCCAACCUCAAAGCGGAGACCUGCACCAAGCCGCUGCUGCAGCGAUGCCAAGACCUGGUGAAGAUCAUCGAGGAGUACCCGGCGAAGGAGCUGCAUGGCAUCCUGCCCUGGCUGGUGGAGAGUGUGUUUGGCAGCCUGGAUGGCAGCAUCGCUGGCUGGAGCCUGCGGCUGCUGCACUCGCGCUGCUACGAGUACAACGUGGCGCUGGAGUUCCUGGACCCCAGUGGGCCGAUGAUGAAGCUCGUCUAUAAACUGCAAGCUGAAGAGUACAAGUACGAGGUACCCGUGCACUACCUCCCGGGUCCCGUGAAGGCCUGCAUCCAGGAGGGCGUCCUCCCAGACUGCCCUCUGUUCCACAACAAGCUGCAGUUCCCGCUGUCCGGCCUGCUGACCCUGAACCUGGCGCUCAAUCCUUUUGAGUUCUUCAUGUUCCACUUCGCCUCGUGCCUCGUGACGCCGAAGAGCCUCCCUCAAGGCCUGCAGGGCAGCGUGGCCGACAGCGCCUACUUCGUGCUGGUGAACGCGUACCUGAAGUACUUCCUGCCCAGCGAGGGCAGCGUCCCCCCGUCCCCCUUCUCCGACUCCAGAGGCUCCGUCACGGCACCCUCACCCAGGUCCUCCAGCGUGUCCUUUGGGUACGGGGUUCACAGCCAGUCUCUCCUGAAGCAUCACAUCUUCCAUCAGCCGUCUGUGAACGCCGACCCGGCGGCUCAGGAGAUCUGGAGGUCUGAGACGCUGCUGCAGAUGUUCGUGGAGAUCUGGCUGCAUCACUACUCCUUAGAGAUGUACCAGAAACUACAGUCUCCCCAGGUAAAGCUGGCGCUGCUGCAGUACCGCCUCAGUAUGUCGUUGCCGUGCCAACCCUCCGCCCCACCAGGCUCUGGGACCCUCCACACCUACCAAGAGCCCUUCAGCCCCACAGAGGAGCACGUGCUGGUGGUGCGCCUCCUGGUGAAGCACCUCCACGCCUUCUCCAACAGCCUGAAGCCCGACGCGCCCUCCUCCUCGGCCGCCGCCCACAGCGGCCCGCUGGAGGAGCUCAAGAGGGUGGUGGUGCAGCGCUUCGUGCAGCAGAAGCUCUACCUGUUCCUGCAGCACUGCUUCAGCCACUGGCCCCUGGACGCCUCCUUCAGAGCGGUGCUGGAGACGUGGCUGAGCUACAUCCAGCCCUGGAGGUACACGGGGGAGUCCGGCGCCUCUCAGCCGGACCAGAACCGAACCGUGCCGGACAAGUGGGAGCCGUUUGUCCAGGAGAACCUGCUGAUGUUCACCAAGCUGUUCCAGGUUCUGCUGAACCGGGCCGUGAGGACGGACCUGGUGAACGCCAAGAACGCCCUGAUGGUCUUCAGGGUGGCCAAAGUGUUCGCGCAGCCGCACCUCGCCGACAUGAUCCAGAAAGGAGAGCAACUGUUCCUGGAGCCGGAGCACGUCCUCCACCACCGGCAGCCGCGCGGCUACCUGACGCCGAGCCAAGGCGGCAGCUUCCUGUCGUCGCGGCAACGCGUGGUCACCGACAUGGUGUUCCGGGUGAAGAGCCACGUCUACGCCCUGGAGGGCCAGGACUGCCAGUACAAGCAGAUGUUCGGCUCCGAGCUCAGAGGAGCGGUCCUGAAGCUGAUCCAGAUCAUCGCUCAGGCCCGGCAGACGGCCAAGAGGAUAUCGGACCACUCCGGGGAGGCGGCGGCCGGCGGCUCCUUCCUGUCCUGGUUGGGCUUGGGCUCCCCGGACCUCAACCACACGUUCCCCGGCGCCGAGUACGAGGAGAGCGGCGAGUGUCUGAAGAAGACCCACGAGUUCCUGGACAAGGCUCUGGAGAACCUGUGCCUCAUCUUCAAGCUGAACCCGGGUCAGCUGGCCCAGCUCGUCUCCAGCCUCAGCUGUUGCCAGGACGACGGCCACGGCAAGCAGCUGCCCGACUGCAUCCAGGGGGAGAACGGGCCGGUUCUGACGGACCUGGGCCGGCAGCAGAUCAUCAGUGGCCUCAGGAGGUUUGACCUCCAGUACCAAGGCGACCCGGAGCUGCAGCCCAUCAGGAGCUAUGAGAACCCGCUGCUGGUCCGGCUCUUCUACCGGGUCUCCUCUCUGGUCAAUGAGAGGGUGAGUUCUGUUGACACGUUGAGUAAAUUUGGAGGGAACCUGAACGCUCUCUGCUCCCGCCCUGACUUCCUGGGCCGUCUGGGCCGUCACUUCCUGGAGGAUCCCGACUCGUCCGGCAGGAAGACGCCGCGCAGCCCGGCGCGGCGUGCGCGGCUCAGCCUGCGGCCGCUGGCGAGCUACCGGCUGCUGCUGCUGCUGCUGCUCUGCUACGCCCUCGGCGCCGCGCUGGCCUUAGGCCCCGCCUCCAGCACGCUGCUCAUCCUCGCCGGCGGCUUCCUGUGCGGCCUCCUGGCCGCGCUGUGUGGAGACAAGCUGAAGACGCAGUAGCCGGCGGCGGCUCGCUUCACGGACUUUAAAGUUUACAACGUGUGAAAACCAGAGUCCCAGGAAUAAUGUCUGUUAUUCUCCAUCCAUGAAUCUAGCGCUAUUUUUAAUUUGGACCGUUUGCGUGAGAGCUUCGUGACGUUGGGAUGUUAUUAACAUUUUAUAUUAAAUGUGCCAAGUUUAAAACGUGAAACAUUUUUUUUAGUGUUUUACUUUUUAAAGAUGGCUUCAAAAGAUUUAUCGAUCAUCAAAAUGUCCCCCGAGUGACGACCGGCCGAUGGAUUUACACCCUGUGGGUGAAUGUGUCCGAGAGGUCAGAGGUCAGGCUGGAUGCUCAUGAGGUCAUCCUGCUCCUUAAAGGGCCGGCGCUCGUCUUGUUACUUUGAUGUUUUUCAUCUUUAAACCCUGUAAAUAACGACAGAGCCUGAAACACUCGAUGUCAUACACCAGGAUAUUUCCCUCUCUUGAGAUCAGGAUGCUUUUUCUUUUUGUCCCAAAGACUCAAUAAACCGUUUGCACUCGUUUGUUAA